AUGAGAAGCUGCACCACUAAACUGAGGGACUGACUGAGUGAGACAACAGGAGUAAAAGAGAAAGUGCCAAAAGAAAGACGUGGCAUAGAAGUUUUAACAUAAAGUCAUCAAACGUUGACUUUUAUUCCAGGAGGAAGUUAAGGAAGGAAACCACCUGUGGAGAUGGGAAGUCCACCUCCACCACUGUACCUCAAUGUGAGCCCAGAGACGAUUAAUUCUUCAUCAGACCCAACAAAAAACGAAGAAAGCUUCAGUGAGGCGACAAUGAUUCUGCUGGGCAUGAUCAUGUCCUCACUCAUUCUUUGUAUCGUUUUCGGCAACAUCCUGGUCAUAACGGCGAUCGCCCGCUUCCAGCGACUCCAAAAUGUCACCAACUGCUUCAUCACAUCCCUGGCUUGUGCUGACCUGGUCAUGGGUCUCAUCGUGGUCCCGUUCGGUGCGUGUUACAUCAUCUUCAAUACCUGGCACUUUGGUAGUUUCUGGUGCGAGUUCUGGACGGCGACUGAUGUUCUCUGUGUGACCGCGAGCAUUGAGACCUUGUGUGUCAUCGCCAUAGACCGUUACUUGGCCAUUACCUCACCCUUCCGCUACCAGACCAUGCUGACAAAGUGUAAGGCUCGAAUUGUGGUGGUGCUGGUAUGGGUUAUCGCCGCCUUGAUAUCAUUCCUGCCCAUACACAUGAAGUGGUGGAUAUCCGAUGAUAAGCAAGCUAAAGAGUGCAUCGAGGAUCGCACAUGCUGUGAAUUCUACACAAACAUGGCUUACGCCAUCACGUCUUCGAUCAUAUCUUUCUACAUCCCAUUGGUCAUCAUGGUGUUUGUCUACAGCCGGGUUUUCCAGGAGGCCAAGCGCCAGCUCAAGAAGAUUGAGCAAAGCAUGGGGCGGUUUCACAACAACGACAACCUCAAACCUUUGGACGCCAACAUCGGGCGCGGGCAGAAGAAGGUGAAAUUUUGUCUGCGGGAACACAAAGCGCUGAAGACGCUGGGCAUCAUCAUGGGGGUCUUCACUCUAAGCUGGCUGCCGUUCUUUAUUCUCAACGUAGUGGUUGCCAUAUGGAAAGUGGAAGACAUUGACCUGACUUUUAGGAUCCUCAACUGGAUAGGCUACGCGAACUCAGCCUUCAAUCCACUCAUUUACUGCCGGAGCCCUGAGUUUCGUUAUGCAUUUAAGGAGAUUCUCUGCCUUAAAAGGAACCACACCUCCAAAGCCGGACCUUUAAAUGGAUACGUCUACGAUAGACACAGCUGGCACAGUGAGCAGCAGGGGCGGAGUAAAGGCAAUUCGGAAGACAGUGAUGCCAACGAGGGCUGUUUGGAGCAAGGAGAAUGUGUUGACAGUGUUACGGACAGAGCGGUGGACUCAAACGGAAACUGCAGCAAAAACCUUGCAAUUGUAACAGCUGUACUAUGA